AUGAAUCCUGGAAGAGGAAAAACGACCACGAGCCAGAUGACGAGUACGACCCUAAAGUCUGCAGCCGUUGCUGUGGCGUCCUCCUAUGAAGCAGAGAUGGAGGCCAUCAAAAUAGCCCUGGAGUAUGUGAGUACCCUCGGCCAGGAACACGGCACCAGCGUCAGAAUCACGAUUGAUUCCCUCUCCUCGCUCAGCAAACUAGCGACAGGCCCAGAGGGUCACGACACCAACUGCGGCAUCACCAUAUGGAAGGCGGUUGAGAAGAUUGGGCGUUGCACUUUUGUCUGGGUCCCCGCACACUGCAGACUCGAAGGGAACGAGUGCGCAGACGUAGCAGCCGGAGAGGCAACUCACCUCGCCCAGGAUAUACGCCCACUGACACUCAACACGGCCAAAGCCGUCAUCAAGAAAAAGCGAAGACCAAAGGACAAGAGUUACCUCCAAAACUGGGCAACUACCAUGAAAAACCGCCCGAAGAAGUUCCUCAACAGAUGGGAAGAGGUCACGUGGAAUCAACUACGAACGGGCCACUCCUCACUAUCCAGAGCUGACCUGGCCAGAUUUGGGGCCAUCGAAGACCCCGGCUGCCUGGACUGUGGAGAGCCAGGCACCGUAAACCAUAUACUCAGCUGCCAACGAGGCGCCCACAUACGACACGAACUGAACGGACGAGAUGACGACAUGGAAAGCCUAUUCAACAACCACGGAUACCUGUUCACAUGCCUCAGAAGGAUGGGAGGUGCCCAUAUCAGUGCGGAGCACUGA